AUGGGAGACAAAAAGAUAUCACCGCUAACCCACUUCCCAACAACCCCCUACUCCGAGCCCCUCCUGCCCCAACUCGCCAUCUCCAACCCCUACUACACCGAAACACACUACGCCCUCCGCGCCUGGGUCCGAGAUUACAUAGACACGCACAUCGCACCAUAUGCGCAGGAAUGGGAAGAAGCGGGCGAGGUUCCGGCAGAAGUAUACAGGACUCAUGCGCGCCAUGGCUUCGCAAUCGUGCAUCCCCUGACGACGCCUGAAGAUGCGGCGAACCUAUCAUUACCCGGGAAUGUCCCACGGGACAAAUGGGAUACGUGGUGCGGGCUUAUUGUCGCGGAUGAGUUGAACCGCGUUGGCUUUGUAGGUGUGGUUUGGGGUCUUGGGGGUGGGAAUGCGAUUGGGUGUCCGCCUAUUGCGCGGUUUGGGACGCCUGGGCAGAGGCGGCGGUGGUUGCCGGGUGUUGCGAGGGGGGAGGUCAGGUUUUGUCUGGGGAUUACGGAGCCGGAUGCCGGUUCCGACGUUGCGAAUGUUCGUACGACAGCAGUACGCCAAGGUGACCACUACAUCGUAAACGGGUCGAAAAAGUGGAUUACGAAUGGGAUUUGGGCGGACUAUUGUAGUGCGGCUGUGAGGACUGGUGGCGCUGGGAGAGGUGGGAUUAGUUUGCUGGUGAUUCCGCUGAAAGCGAAGGGUGUGACUAGGAGGAGAAUGCAUAACUCGGGAGUCAAUGCGAGCGGAUCGACAUUCAUCGAAUUCGACGACGUGCGAGUUCCCGUUGACCAUUUGAUAGGAGCGGAGAACAAGGGAUUUCCGCUUAUCAUGUCUAACUUCAACCCCGAGCGACUCUCUCUAGCCUGCGCCUCGCUCCGUCUUGCCCGUGUCUGCGCAGAAGACGCCUUCACUUAUGCCAGCCAACGGCAAACGUUCGGAGCGCCCCUGAUAAGCCGACAAGCAAUCCAAGCCAAGAUCUUCAAAUUCGGGCUGAUGAUCGAACCUGCCUAUUCAUUCAUGGAACAGCUGGUGAACAUCCUUGAAAAGACGAAGAACGAGAAGGUGGAUGACGUGCGGAUCGGUGGGAUGACUGCGCUCCUGAAGGUCAUGUCGACGAGGGCCCUGGAGAAAAGUGUCCGGGAAGCGCAGCAGAUUCUCGGUGGCGCUGGGUAUAAUCGUGCUGGGAAGGGGGCGCGUAUCGAGCAGAUUAGUCGUGAUGCAAGGGUUCAUGUUGUUGGUGGUGGGAGUGAGGAGAUCAUGAUGGGGUUGGCGUUGCAGGAGGAGAUGAAGGCUCUGGGGACGAGGAAAGCUGCCCUUGAGAGGAAGGAGACGGAAAAAGCGAAUCUGUAA